AUGUCCACCAUCUCAUAUCCCAAAUCGGCGCGGCUGAUGAGCGUGGCGGUAUCAAAUAAGUACAUGGCCACGGGCAUGGCGGAGGGGCAAAUCAUAGUUUACGAUAUUACCACAUGUCAGGAAUGCAAUACUUUCUACCAACAAGGGGCGGUAUUGAAAUUGGCAUUCGGGGAGAGCGGAAACUACCUCGCGUCGGCCGGUAUAAAGUCGGUGUCUGUGUGGAAUCUGGACUCCUGGUCCAAGAUUUGCACGCUCCCAAUCUCAGCGAUGUGCAUUGCCCUGACAUUUACAGAAAACGACUGCUUUCUGCUUGGUGCAUUGAGGAACAAUCAGCUGGUUUGCUGGGAUAUCCAAAACGGUGGGAUCACACCGGACGAGCCGAUCAAUUGGACACAUGAUUUUGAGAAUCGUGAUAUCCAGUUCAGACAACCUCUGGGCGCAGAGUUCUGUCCUCAGCAAAAGCUCCUGGCAAUCAUGUAUAAAGGGGAGUACCUUAUUUUGUGGGAUUUUGAACUAGAACGAAUCCACGAUAUAUACAAAAAGGAGUCCGGGUCUCUAUAUGAGCCGCUGAAAAGAAGCAACGGAAGCACAACAGUUUGGACUGUCGCCUUCAGCCCCGCUAUCGACGCGAGUGUCCUCGUUGCGGCCUACUCAGAUGGAGAUGCUGUGGUGUAUGAUACCUUGUCCGGUAGCGUUCGAGGCGUUCUACGGGGGGUGAAUGCUCAGGCGCUGGCGUGCUCCCCAGACGGCCGCACAUUAGCAACUGCCGACUCACGGGGCACGAUUCGGCUCUACGAUAUGGAGAUACUCAAAAUGAUAUAUCAGCUAAAGUUCAAUGGGGACCCGUUCGGAUCCGAAGCCCUCGCCUUCACUUCAGACAGCAGUCGACUCCUCGACGUUCGGACCCGCCAAUGCCGGAUCUGGGACCCCGCAGUGUUGCAGAGACAAGAUCUCGACGAUAUAAACAGUGACACGGUGUCCGUCUCAACUAACCCUCAAGAGAUAGACUACCAGAUUCGGGAAGCCGUAAGCAUCACGUCCAUUGUCUGCGUCCCGUCUGCCUCAAUUGAUUUCUGUGGAAAGAUGGAUGGAUCCGUGCAUGUCUACGACUUUGCCUCUGAGCUCCGGAGCCAGCAACUGUUUGUACAAACUCCUGGAAUUUUUAUCAAGUUCCUCCACUUCGACGAGGGCAUUCUCGCCUGCGCAGUCUGCGCCGGUCACGUAGUGAGCAGGAGACUUACGCGACGACCACGAUCGGGGUGGGAUAUCCAGGAUCCUUUUCUGGAUUUACACGUUGGAACAAGUAUACAGCAACUGCUUGUCUGUAGCAAGAAAUCCCGGCUUCUUGUAACCACCAAAUCAGAGGAUACUCUUUGGGAUCUGACUGACUCUAGGGAUAAGGGUCCUCUAAUUUGCAAUAAAGUCAAAGGCAAAAGAUAUUGGGUUCAGAGUGCCGCACAUCCCGAUAAUCUACUCCUUGUAACGCCCACUGGAGCAAUGGCGUACAACUGGAUCUCUCUGGAAUGCCUCAACACUGUUUCUCCGGAUCAUCUACUCGACCCCUCGACGGUGAUCGAUCGUGUGACUCCUCUCCAUCAUCCCCAUUGCUUCGCGACAAUAACGAAAGACACCUCGCCUACUCAGUCCUCUCAGCCACAGAUAUAUGUAUGGGAUUUUAGAGACUUCAGUUCAGAUAGGACGAUGCAAUCCCCUGUACACAGCUUUGGUACCAUGUCCUCAAGAGUUGAAGCCCUUAUUGGGGCGCUUGAUGAACGUUUAGUCCACCUCGACACUGACCGCUGGGUGUGCUCCAUCAAUCUAGAAAAGACGGAGGAGCCUGUCAUAAGACAUUUCUUUAUUCCUAAUGACUGGGUGAUUCCCACGGAUCAGAUGCUACUGGAUAUUGGACGCACGGUUGAGAUUAUCUUUGUCAAACUAAAUGAACUUGUCGUUGUCAAGCGAGGUCUUGAAUUCACACCCCACGGCAAUGUUGAUGGGUCCAAAAAAGGUAGCUUAACUUUCAGGGUUGGUUAG